ACCCGGAUGUAAAUGCUUUUAGAUUGCAAUGCAUUACCCAUGAGUAGAAACCCUUUCUUGUCAUAUUAUUGUUGAACUGGACGCGUUGUGUUCAGUACUUUGGUGCUUUAGUUUAAUUUGGGAAGGACUUUAACAAAAAGUCUUUCUGCAGAGUCGGUUCCUGCAGCGACAUGGUGGGCUAUGACCCCGGGGCUCAGGGGACUGCCCUCUCCCCAGAGGAGGCCGCCCUGGCCGGCUCAGCUGCUGGGAUGGUCACCCGGGCGCUCAUCAGCCCCCUCGAUGUGCUUAAAAUCAGAUUUCAGCUGCAGAUUGAGCGCGUGUCUUCUGUGAGGCCUGAGGGCAAAUACCGCGGGUUAUUCCAGGCGUCCCGGUGCAUCUAUUCAGAGGAGGGGCUCUCUGCUUUCUGGAAGGGUCACGUCCCUGCACAGCUCCUCUCCAUCUGCUUCGGCGCUGUCCAGUUUGCCACUUUUGAGUUCCUGACGGAGUCGGUCCACACGUCCACGCUGUACAACAGCCAGACGGCAGGAGUUCACUUUGUGUGUGGCGGCCUGGCAGCGUGCUCGGCCACCGUGGUCUGCCAGCCUCUGGACACGCUGCGGACGCGCUUUGCAGCUCAGGGGGAAACUAAGGUGUACAGGAACCUGCGUCACGCCGUGUCCACCAUGUGCCGCUCGGAGGGACCGCUGACGUUUUACCGCGGCCUGUGUCCAACGCUGGUGGCGGUGUUUCCUUACGCUGGGAUGCAGUUCUUCUUCUACAAUGUCUUUAAGAAACUGUUGGCUCAGCCGUCCAAAGAAGCUGGAAAUGUAGGAGGGCACCUGAGAAGCCUGGCGUGUGGCAGUGGGGCUGGAAUGAUCAGCAAAACCAUCACCUACCCCUUUGACCUCUGCAAGAAGAGGCUGCAGGUGGGGGGCUUCGAGGCGGCCAGAGUUCAGUUCGGACAGGUGCGGACUUAUCGAGGCCUGGUGGACUGCAUGGUUCAAAUAGCCAAAGAGGAGGGCGUGCGAGGCUUCUUCAAAGGCCUCUCGCCCAGCCUGGUGAAGGCUGCGUUGUCAACAGGCUUCACUUUUUUUUGGUACGAGGUGUUCCUCGACGCCAUGCGUAACCUCAAAGAGAGGCGGAGAAGAAGUGGCCUAGAGGAAAGAAAGUAAAGGGGAAGCAAAAGGUAACAAAGGCACAAUCACGCACAUCAGAAUACAAUGCUUCCUCACUUGCACUUAACCUAUUUCAUCAGCUGGGUCAGUUGGUUUUGUUGCGUUUACAUGUGAGAACAUGACCUCAUUUUAUUUGUUUUUGUCCCACCUUGCUUAUCAUAACGUGUGUUGUAUGUAUUUAAUAUUAAAGGGGUUUCUAGAGGUAUAUAUGUUUUUAAAAGAUACUAUCUAAGAUCUAAACAGUUCAUUGUCUCACUGAACUUUGCUCAUUUUAAGCUCUGACUUGAUCUUAAAUUUGCAUGUCGUUACACAAUUCAGAAAAUGGUCAAAUGUGUUUCGCCUCAUGUUUUAAUAUUUAUUGUAUUUUGUACUGUGGGCAAAAAAGUGUCUCUUCCUACAAUUCUUUUUUGAA